UCAGUAGUCGAUGAUAUUGAUCAAAUUCCGAAUAAGGAAGUUUAAAAAUACCGCACAGAAAGAUAGUACUAUGCCUGUAUGGAUUUAUGGUGGAUUGAACUAUGGUGCCUGGCACAGACGUUUUUUUUCCCUGUUGUAUUAUCCGAUUCGUGUUCUACUUACGACACGAUGACCGGUGACGUGGUCAGAAGAUCGUCUGCGUAUAUUCUAACACCAACAGACACCGCUAUCUGUGAUAGUUUCCUGGACGAGAAGUGGUAUAGACUGGACAGUCUGGCGGGUAAUGAUAUUGUACAGACCUGUCCGCCUGUGACGCACUGUGGAACAUUAUACCCUCUAUGGAUGAAUGGAACGCUUCCCUUGGUGUCGGAGGGUGAGGUAGAUCGGACAGUCUGUCAAAGUGGCCUAGCCGGAUGUUGCGAGAGUUCGCUUACAAUCCAAGUCCGGAAUUGUGGGACAUUUAACGUGUAUAAUCUCAAAAGAACAUCCGGGUGUCCUAUAGCAUACUGCUUUGGUACACAACUUGUGAAUCAAUCCGAAGUAACACAAGAAUCAACAGAACAAACGACUGAAGACGGAACUAGUGGUACACAACUUGUGAAUCAAUCCGAAGUAACACAAGAAUCAACAGAACAAACGACUGAAGUCGGAACUAGUGGUACACAGCUUGUGAACCAAUCCACAGUAACACAAGAAUCAACAGAACAAACGAAUGAAGCUGGAACUAGUGAUUAUACUGCUGCUUGGAUUGUUUUAGGAAUAGUGGCUAUAUCUACAGCCAUAGGAAUCACCUUUUACAUUUGGAAGCAUAAACAUACCAAAUCACAGGUCAGGCAUAGACCAACCUCAGAAGAAGAAACUGACGAUUCCACCUCGGUAACGGAAACCGAAGAAUUAUCUUCAACCACAUUCAAUAUGGAUGUUACGGAAGAAUCUAAAGCAGUGGAAAAGUCUGAACCGAUGGGGAUGAAUGGAAAGGAGAUAACAAGAAUUACAAUAACAGACAUUGAUGCCACGUUACCUUACACUCCAGUUGAUGAUAUAAUUAAACCGAGAGAUAGAAGAAUUGCAAAACACUGAAUUAUUAUGACAACAAAAACCAAUGUAUCCAUAUACGGUGUGAUCGCAUGUCAUGGGUGUACAGUACUUUAUUCAUUUCAUGAUGAAGGGGUGUUUAAGUAGACCAAUACAACUGAGUAUCUGUAUGGUCUGAUGAAUUGUUUUUAAUAAAUUCGAUCAGUGCAA